AGGCUACUUCACGUUUUUCUCAUUUUGCUGCAGUUGUGAGCUCUCCAGGGUCGGUUUAUUAACGGACACAGAAACAAAAUAAGAGAUAGCACUUUCGAGACAUGUUUGUUGUUUAUUGUCUGGUCGGCAAAGAUUAUCACGGAAAUGAUAUUGUCAUCCUACCUUGACAACAACUGUAGCUUGGGCCUUUGUUAGGCUUGGUUUCUAGGGACACCGUUGCCAUAGACAGCGUACUAUAACGGAGAGCAAGGUCAGGCGAUUUCCACCAAUCACGACCACGCACCGGCAACGUAACUUUUUGAAUCAGCCAAUUAAAUGAAAGAUCGAUUACCCACCGGAAAAUGGUUGUGAGACUCUGGGAUGACACGAAAACUGAAGUACUUCGCAACUAUUUUAUGUACAUUUGACCCAUAUCGUCGUUUGAAUGUUUGUAAUUUCGCAUGAAAAAAGCAACGAGAACAAGCUCCUCCUCCCCUCCUCUGCACGUGCAUGUGAACGAGACCACACCUGUGCACGUGCAUAUGAAGAAGAGCACAAAAUGCAGCCCUACCAAGACAGCCCUGAUUAAGACAAAAAGUGGCUUGCAUCCUACUGCUAAGGUAAAGACGAGGGUCCCGUGGAUCCCACCUGGCAAGACCUCAACAAGAGAGACCUCGUAUAAGUGGGAGGGACAGACUCAUCGUCUGGAGAUAACGCCUCCACAGGAACCUGAACGCACCCAGUCUCCUCUCCGAAUAGAAGAUCUCUCCACUGAUGAGGAAGAGGUACUGCAUGGACGCAUUAAUCAGUACGAGAGGAAGAUCGACAGCCUGAUGUCAGAGGUCAGCUCUCUGAAAAAUGAGGUUGAGCUUCGUAAGAAGGAGCAGCUGCUAGAGCGUCAGUCAGAGAGGUUGAGCGCAUCACAGCGUGUCAUUGCUGAGCAGGAGGAGGAGCUUGCAGAGGUCGCCCGGGAGCUGGAGGCCACAGAGCAGGAGAACUCCCGCCUACGGGAGUCCAUGGGGAAGAUGCUAGUGGAGAAUGAUUAUGGGAGACUAGAGAGGGACAGUAUGCAGCUAGACAAAGAUGUUCUACUCAGAAAGUUGCUGGAAGCAGAGAUGGACAGCAGUGCAGCCGCCAAACAGGUGUCGGCUCUCCGUGAAACGGUCAACCAUAUGUCCAGGAGUGGGAGUGAGAAAAAGAUGUCAGGAUCAGACUCAACAGUCUUGGCCCGACAGAAAGAACUCUUGCUUCAGAAACUGGAGACUUUUGAGAUCACUAACAGAGCCCUCAGACAUCUUCUGAGAGAACAACAUAGUCGAGAGAUGGACUCACAAAGACUCUUGGAGCAGAAAGACGAGCUUCUGAAAAGACUUUCUGAUGUGGAAGAAGACAAUUCGCGUAUUCUUGUAACACUUCAAGACAAAGAGAGAGAGAUUGACCAGCUCACUUCAUUGUUAGAGAGUGAAAAGGAGAGUGCACAGACCACCAGUGAACUGUCCAAAGUCUUGGAGUCCACCCGAGCCCAUCUGCAGGGUCAACUGCGCAAUAAAGAGGGAGAGAAUAACCGCCUUAAUGUUCAGAUCAGGAAUCUCGAGCGGUCCAUCAGCCAGCAGCAAGGGGAGAUAGAUCACCUGCAGAAUCAGUUGCGAGACCUCAGGCAGCAAGCAGAGGCUGAUAAGGAGGGCCUAAAGAAAGCCACGCGGGCUCAGAAACAGCGGGCCCAGCGCAGUGAAGAAACUGUUGCACAGCUCAGCGCCCAGCUCAUGGAGAUAGAAGCACAGUUGGCAGAUGCUGUGUCAGCCGCAGAGAACUGGAGCAGUCGCCACGCAAAAGAGAUGAAGGAUAAAGGACAGCUAGAGACGGAGAUCGCAUUGUUAAACAGCCGUAUUACAGACCUGACAGAACAGUUGCAUGGACAGGAAGAGAAAGCCCGAACUGAGAGAGAAGGACUCUUAGAUCGCCUUCAUGAGCUCAAUAACGAGAGCACUACUAUACGCCUGGAGAACCAGAGCCUUAAGGCCACUUCAUCUGCCUUGGAAGAGAAGUUGUCAUUGUCCCAGUCUGAGGUCCAGCAGGUCAAAGUUUCUGUGAAACAGUAUGAGAGCUUGGUGGACAGCUAUAAAGCCCAGGUUCAGAAGACCCGUUCCGAAGCAGACGAGUACUCUGCACGCCUGCAGGUGGCUGAAAGUGAAGCUCAGACUGUAAGAGACGAGCUAGACCAGGAGAUCCAGCAGGUCAAGAAACAGCUUCACUGUCGUCUGGCGGAACUGGAGCCACUUCCUGAAGCUCUAAGACAUGCUGAACUCCAGUUGCAGGAAGCUCAUGAGAAAGAACGUUUGCAAGAGAGAAGAAACGCAGAGCUUAGCACCUCUCUCGCAGAGCUACGCAUCAAGGCGGAGCAACAGGGAAGUCUGGCUGAGAUGUUGAGACACAAGAACAUGUUGUUGCUGGAAGAAAACAAGCAGCUUCAUCACAAAGCUGAGGGCCUUGAACGGAAGCUAGAGGAGGCUAACUCACAAAAUCGAGACCUUAUCCAGGUGAUUUCAAAACGUGAAGAGACUAUUCACAGCAACCAGGUGCGUCUGGAAGAAAAGUCUCGGGAGUGCAGUAUUCUGACUCGACAGCUGGAGGAGGCCCUGGACGAUGCUCGUCGGCAGGUUACCCAGACCAGGGAGCGAGCAGUCUCUAAAGAGCGUGUUACUCAGUCCAAAAUUGUCGACCUAGAAACUCAACUGAGCCGAAUGAAAACAGAACUGAACCAGUUACAACGAGCCAAAGAGGAGGCUGAACGGAGAUACCAGAGCCGUUUACAAGACGUCAAGGACAGACUGGAGCAGUCCGACAGCACAAACCGUAGCCUCCAGAGCUAUGUCCAGUUCCUAAAAUCUUCUUACGUCAAUGUGUUUGGAGAUCCUGCUCUCACUGGGUCCUCGUUCCGCACGCCUUCACCAAUCUGAAAACUCUUUCACAAGUCUUUUAAGACAUGUAUUAGUCUACUUGUCACAACUGAUGACCUCUUGAACUUGUUGUGCUUUGUACUUUACUCUUAAAAAGCUUAUUUAUUGGGCAUGGUCAUUCUGGCGAGUUCUAAGACAGAGUUCUCUUUAGUAUUACAUAUCCAUCCCAGAAUGAGAACAGUGGUCUUAUAGACACCUUAUAGACCACUCAUUUUGCCCUGUCUCAAGUUGGUCUUUAUGCGAUAAACAUACCUCAAGCUAUUAUUAUCUUCAUUCAUAACUGUUCUUCCAUAAUUUACACGCCAAUAAGAAAGGCUUUACUGCAUUUACAGUAAUAUGGCUAUUGUCAAUUUACUGUUCUUUGAUAUUUUUUACUUUCAUCUGGUUAUAAUACAUACAAUUUGCUUUUUGUAGAAUUUGAUUUGACCCACUGUAAUAUCUAAUUGCUUUCACCUUAAAUAAUAUCAGUAUCUACAGUAUGAUGAUGGUUGUGAGUAAUCAUAAUCUCUUACAUCCAUAAAAUCCCAUUUAAAUUGCUUAGUACUUUUAGUUAGUUUAAGAGACAAAAUGACAACAAACUCAGGAUUUAUCUUUUUUUUUAGCCAAAGUUUUUGUUUACUAUAGCAGGUUCAUUAUGUGAAUCUUUCUAUUUAAUAACAAUGUAGAAAGCAUCUUUUGAGUCAAGAUGUAUGUUAAAUUGUUGUCUUCCUUAGGCUGAGAGCAUAGAAAUCCAGUAAUAAAAUGUUUUAUUGGUGCUAUACAUUUUUACAUUACUGUAAUGAUCCAUCUUUUUUGUUGUUGUUGUUUGAAGUCAUACUUGCACUUUUUUGUAUUUUUGUUUUAUUUAUCUGAUGUACCAUCAUGUAAAAAUAACCAAACUGUAAUGCUUCAAUGUCUGUGCUUGUCUGAAAUGCAACGGUAUGUAUUUUUUUUUAUUUGGUAACAAUAUUUUAUAUACAUAUCAAAUGUAUUCCACUGUACUCAAUGAAGAAAUUGAUUGAAAAUAACUGAUUAUAUUGCAAUUGCAACCAAAUCAAAAUAUAACACUUUGUUUCUCCAUGUAA